AUGAGCUAUCGAGAUGUCAUUCUAGACCAACUCGUUGCACGCAAUUCUCGAGAACAUGUCUUCCAUGAGAUGGUGGUGGCAAAUCAAAAGUUGUUGAAUCGACUCAUUGACCUUCAAAAGAACAACACUCGACUUGAAGCAAAAGUAAAGAAGGUGCAAGUGCAAAAUGAUACGUUAUCGAGAGCAGCAGAGUAUGCUCAGGUACAAGGUUCACCCGAGUCUCAACAAAAGAUGGCAGAGUUGGAGCGCCGGAUACAUGAACUCAACAAUGAACGUGCCGAGCUUUACAAGACACAAGGAUCCAAUGCGCAACGACUGGUGGAGAUGAAUGAUAAGCUACGUAUAGCUGAAGAAAAAGAGAAGCAGAAUACGACCGAAAUCAAGCGAUUGACGUCCACCGCAAAGCAACUUAGUGCAAAAUGUGAGCUUCAAAUUGAACAGCUGCGUGAAAAGGAUGUAACGAUACAGAUCAUCCAUGAUGAAUUACAAGCUCUUCAGCUCGAGAUCAAGACGACGGAUGAAAGGAACACCAAGCUCAAAAGCGAGAACGCUCAAUUGCUUCAACGAUGGUUGGACAAGAUGAAUCAAGAGGCUGAAAAGAUGAAUGAGGCAACCGAGUUUUAUGAGACAUUUUUGGAACAAGCACGCAAUGCUGGCAAGACGGUCCGUAAAAGCGGUGGCAAAUGGAUUAUGCAGCCAUCAACAUCAUCCAGCAAUGCACCAUCAGCUACAGUGGUCCUACCCACCAAAGCCUUCAAGAAAUUGAAAACCGAUGAUGCCGAGGUGUAUUGUGUUCGGGCUUCCACUACAGGCGACAUGUUUGCUGCUGGAGGGGCUGGCAAGAAAAUUAGGAUAUUUGAUGGCAAAACGGGGAAUCAUAUCGUGUCACUUAGUGGAUCUUUAGGUGCCGUCACCUCGAUCGCAUUCAGUGCUACGGACGAGCUUGUUUUAGGAGCAUCCACCGAUCGCUCAACACGUAUAUGGGAUUUGAAGACCAGCAGGUCUCGACUCACGUUAACGGGUCAUGUGGGGGAUGUCUCAAGUGCUGAAUUCACCGCCGAUACCAAACGUGUGGUGACAGGGAGCUACGAUCGCACAGUCAAGCUUUGGGAUUUGCAACGAGGAUAUUGUGCACGAACCAUCUUUAACUUUUCAAGCUGCAAUGAUCUUGCUCUUGUCGACGCUGAAGGGCAAACGGUGGUAACUGGCAAUUUGGAUUCCAAGCUACGUGUGUGGGACACAAGGUCAGGAUCAUGUAUCAAGGAAUUGGGUGACAUUCACAAGGGACAAAUUACAUCAGUCUCCGUAUCACCAGAUGGGUCCUCGCUAUUGACCAAUUCUCGAGAUGAUACCUUGAAGAUCUUAGAUUUGCGCAUGUAUAACGUUGUUGCCACCUUCAAGGCAUCUACGUUUCAUAAUGGUGUCAAUUGGUCUCGUUCUUGCUAUAGUCCUGAUGGUUGUUACGUGGCAGCUGGAUCUGAAAAUGGUAUUUUACAUGUGUGGAAUACAAAGACUCAAGCAUUGGAGAAGGCUAUUCAGGAACACAGUGGAAUUAUUUGUGGUGUGUCAUGGAAUCCAUCAGGAGAAUGCUUGUAUACGGCCGACAAGAAAAAGACCAUAUGUAUGUGGGACACAGCUCUCCAUUAG